AGGGACAGUUUGGUAACAUGGGCCUGUGAUGUGUUUUACUGCACUAAGACGUCAUUUACCAUUCGUAAAUAAUUUCUGGAAGUUUCUACCAAUAUGUCGCUUUCAGGCAGUCUUGAUUGCUCUGGUUGCUGUGGCCACCGGUGCCCCACAGUACGGCUAUCCCACCCCUGCCCCGCCCACCCCCGCCCCAACACCUGGAUAUACAUACCAGGAGCCCGAACAGACCUACCUGGCGCCCGGCACCCGCGCAGAAGACGGCGCAGAAGACAGUGCAGAAGAGCCAGAAGCGCCCGUGGAAGUAGUGCCGAUUGUGAAGGACGAGCGCGUGACCAACGAAGAUGGAAGCUACACCGUCGAUGUCGAGACUGGCAACGGCAUUAUAGCCUCAGAGGCUGGCUCGCUCAACAGCGAAGGCGCCAUUGUUAAAAGUGGACACUAUUCCUACAUCGCCCCGGACGGUUCCGUGAUCGAGGUCAAGUUCGUCGCCGACGAGAACGGCUUCCAGGCGGAGUCCGACGCCCUGCCUGUGGCUCCCGAAUUCCCUCACGAAAUUCCCGAAUUCGUGCUCAGGCAGAUCGAGUUCGCGGCUGAGGAGGACGCGCGUGCUGCCGCUGAAGCUGAAGCCGCACUGAAAGCUGCUGAAGCGCCCUCUAACCUGUACGAGCAUGAGGAGCAACGUAUCCCUAUAUGUCACACGUCACUGAACCAAAAGUUGCCACAUACAGGGCCAAAAGGUAUGAAAACCAUUACAUCAACGCCCUUGCGACUCCUCGGCUGUCUUGCCCUUCACCGAAUCUUGGAGACACCAGAGACUCCAGAGAGUGAUAAGAAGCUGAGGAACAACAGAGCACAAAGCCUUUGCAACACUUUUAAGAAAACGUUAAAUAUGACUUUCUAUUUUUGCCUGGAAAUUUCUCAAGUCCCGCCAGCGUGUAUCGAAGGCAGUGAAGGUGGGAGCUCAUUAACCGAAGGGCGACAGCGUGCUUUCCCCGAGUAUAUAAGCUCCCUGGGUUUCCAACCGGGACAGCAGUCGAGGCAGAAAGUAGGAUUCAAAGUACUUUUCGCCGCCGUGGCCAGCGUGGCCGUCGCCAUCCCCCAGUACCCAACCCCUGCCCCGGACCCCUCGCCAUCCUACGGCGUCCCCUCCUCCCGAGGCGUGGGUGAGGUGAGAGAGGUCGUGCCCAUCCUGAGGGACGACCGAGUCCAUGAGGACGACGGCAGGUACAGCGUCGACGUCGAGACUGCCAACGGAAUCAUUGCCUCGGAGUCUGGCUCUCCCGAUGGUCCCGAGGGCGCAGUUGUCAAGGCCGGACAAUACGCUUACACCGCUCCUGACGGCUCCCUGAUCGAAGUCAAGUUCACCGCCGACGAGAACGGCUUCCAGGCCGAGGGCAACCACCUGCCCGUGGCUCCCGAGUUCCCCCACCCGAUCCCUCAGUUCGUCCUCGACCAGAUCGCCUUCGCCGCCGAGGAGGACGCCCUUGCUGCAGCUGAGACUAGAGAUUCUUCGCCUUCCCAGCUGUACCAGAGGCCACAGUAGAUGGAUGAUCUGCAGCGUGCAAUGUACAUAACGACGUGGUGAAAAUUUUGUGAAACUUUUGUACGAAUCUAAUUUAUUCGUCAAGUGUGCUGUGUGAGUGGCAUUGUAAGGGUAUUAGAAUAGAAUGCAGACAUUG